AUGGCGAAUGGAGGUUUCCCUUUUCAAAUGUCGAUGCUCACAAAGAACAACUAUGACAAUUGGAGUAUCAAGAUGAAGGCGCUACUAGGAGCUCAAGAUGUGUGGGAUAUCAUUGAGAAAGGCUUUAAUGAGCAAGAUGAAGCCUCGCUAAGCCAAGGUGUAAAGGAGACAUUGAGGGAGUUAAGAAAGAGAGACAAGAAAACUCUCUUCCUCAUUUAUCAAUCGGUGGAUGAAGAUACAUUUGAGAAGAUCUCCAACGCAACGACGGCCAAAGAAGCAUGGGACAAACUUCAAACUUGCAACAAAGGAGUGAACAGAGCAAAAGAGGACGAGAUUGUGGCCAAGAUUGUGGGCGUGGACGAGGACAUAAAGGAGAAGGAAGAGGCAGUUACAACAACUACUCUAACAAUGAAGAAAAAAGUUGGAAUCCACAAGCAACAAGAGGUCGUGGAAGAGGAAAUUCAUGGUCGAGGUGUGACAAAUCAUAAAUCAAGUGCGACAAAUCAUAAAUCAAGUGCUUCAACUGCAACAAGAUCGGUCACUAUGCAUCUGAGUGUAGAUUCUCGAAGAAAGUUGUGGAGAAAGCUAACUUUGUAUAAGAAAAAGGCAGAGAAGAAGAAACUUUGUUGCUCGCGUGCCAAAACCAAGUUAAAGAGAAAAGAAACAAAUGGUACCUCGACACCGGUGCAAGCAAUCACAUGUGUGGCGAUCGAAGCAUGUUCGUAG